AUGCGGUCAAGACGGCGUUUCAGAUUGCACCGUUUACGGUCCGCCCCGUAUACACGACCAUUGUGGACCUGGUUCCGACUGUUGCGGCCACGGUCGUCUUCAAUUUGUACCGCGGCGUGUGGCUCCUUCUCGUGCUGGCCGUGGCACCCGACCUGCUCUCUCGACUCCUCCUCGCCAUUCCGAUGA